AUGGAGAGAUUUAAUGGAUGGAUUACCUUCGAUGGAAAANCGAAAAAUAUUGAUUUUCUUUUUACUUACUGUAAUAAAAUAAGUUGGGAGCCACGAGGUUUGUCAUUUCCGAGACGAUAUUGUCUGAAGAUAAGGGACUCUUGCCGUACAAAUGUAUCACAACAGCAGUGUACUGAUAGUCCAGCCAGAGUAGUGUCAUAUGGAAAUACCUUUUACAAGAAUGUGCUUUGUGCAGAAUGCAAUGGACUUUCCAGGUCUAAAGUCAAAUGUGGUCCAAGUAAGAACGAUCAGGAGGGAUGUGGGAGAUGUGGGAGUUGUCCUGAUAAGCCCCAUCGAAAACCAUUAUCCGUGCUUUUUGAUUUCAGUGGUGCCGUUGGGGGUGCUAUGCCAGCAGUCAAGUGCACAUGUGAAAAUGUUUAUGAUAAAUAUUUAGGAAUUUGUAGAACAACAUUGGCCGUUCUUCCAAAAUCUUUGRGUUUUACACAAUACGAUGUGGCAAUGUGGAUUAAGUUUAUUGGAAAGUCAUGUGAAAUCCAGACUUUUAAAGAGUCUUUGUCAAGUUCUUCACAUUUACAUCCAGCACGAGUUACAGAUGUCGAAAAGAAAGGUGAUUUGUUGCAGUUACGUUUCAAACUUCGUUUGAAUGAAACAAUCAAGUUAUCAAAGUUUCUUCAAAAUGCGUUGACUUUCACUUCUCCCGUCAACRKCACUAUURGAAAUUGCAAAGUCACAAUGAUUAAGGCUGCAAAACGACUGCUGAGCUGCUCMAAUCUUCAAGUAUUCAGGAGGAAUGAAUAUACUGUGCUUGGGUCAGCAGUCGUCAUCAAAAGUACAGGCGAAGUCCUACAGUCCAAUGAUUAUUACAUUGAUGGUGAGGCAUCUAGUCCAAGUCAAUCGGUAUUAGUUUGCCGACAGAACCAAGCACUUUCCUGCUCAAAAACAUGGGUUUUGAUGAAYGAAGRUGAAUUUGUUGUUUUGAAUAAUAAAGUCAUCUUUGUAAAUUCUUCUGCACGAUUCUACAACAGUUCGGAAUACAUCUGGCAAAACCGCAGUCUCUUUAUCUGCGAGAACUAUGAUGAGUCCACUAGCAAGAAUGAUCAUGUCUUGAUUAUUGUAACUGAUGUGUGCAUGUCAAUAUCGAUUAUUGCACUAGUCUUUGUCCUCGUCACAUAUUCCUUGUUCUCCGAGCUACGAACACCACCAGGUAUUAACCAUAUGAACCUCAGUGUUGCCAUUCUGCUCUCACAACUAUUGUGGCUUMUUGGGAAUAAUCAGACAGACAGACCAAUGGCUUGUACUAUCAUCGCUGUAUUUCUUCACUACUUUUUCCUGGUUUCUUUCGUGUGGACGUCCAUCAUCGCCUUUGACACUUGGAGGGCCUUCACUACAAAAGUAAGACGCUCCAUGGCUGACUCAAAGCGCAAAAGACUGCUGCAUACUUUGCGAUGUAUGGCUGUUGGUUGGCUGUCUGCCAUGGUGUACGUUGCAAUCUGUGUAGGUCUUGAUCUGACCAAAACAGUAAGCAUUGGGUACCAAUCUAGCAAAGUAUGCUGGAUGUCUAACAAAAUGGCUGUAUUGUAUAUCUUUGCUGCUCCUGUAGCUUUGAUCCUCGUGUUUAACUUCGUGAUGUACAUCUUGACGAUGAAAGCAAUAAAUAUCACCACAGCUCAAGCACGAGCCGCAGCAGAUCACAAGAAUCGUAAGACCUUGUUUUUCAUUUACAUACGUAUCGCAUCCGCCUUGGGCUUUACGUGGAUGCUGGGUUUCAUCGCUCCGUUUAAAAUGAAUUUCCUGUGGUAUCCUUUCGUGGUAUUGAAUGGUCUUCAGGGCCUAUACAUAGCACUGGCUUUUGGUCUGAACCAACGAGCUAGAAGAUUAUGGAAAAUGUUAUUUGGAGCAAGGACAUUGAAAAAUAAAAAGACUUCAACGCGAGCUACAAAAAACAGCGAUCAAGAURUCACCUCUGCGUCCGUUAUUAAUGAAUCAAGGCUUUAAUG